GGCUGUCCCUCCAGUGGUUCUAAGAACCGGGGAAAUCCUUUGACAGAAGAAGAAAACAUGGGCAAAGAAGGUGAUCUUUGGGACGACUCUGCCCUCGUCGACGCCUUCGACAGCGCUAUGUCCAAAUACAAGAGGAUGCAUGGCAAGAAAACCAGUGAGGAAAAUGUCUCUGUUGUUGAUCAAUGCGGUGAUGAAGCUAUGAAACAUAGGGAUGCAGGAGAGAACAGCAAUGCUACAUCAGAUACUGGAACAGAAUCGGCUGAGGCAAAGGAUCUUCAACCGGAUGAAGAAAAUGAUAACAUAAAUUCACAGACGCCUGAACGUUAUAUAGAUUCAUCAAAUAAUCUGCCAAUGCAGGAUAAGCAAGAUGGCCAUAAAGGCUAUUCAGAUGUGCAAGGUACAGAAGACUAUAACCAAUUGCUUAGCCAGUAUUAUGAGGUUGAAGAGAAGAGACAAAAGCUUCUGCAGCAGAUGCAGCAAUUUGGUAGCUGGAAUUACCAAUAUCCUGCUGAGGGUUCUAGUGCAGCUGCGCAAUGGGGUACCUCUUGUACUUCUCAGGAAUAUCCAAUUCAUACAAGUCAAGCUUCACACUCAACUGUCGUCUGUUCGUGUUGCCCAUAUGUAUCUCAAUCUUUGGUGACUCCAUGCACAUCAUACCCUUGCUGUUCCUUGGGUGGGACAUGUGUUGGCAAAACUAGCACUAACACAAAUAAUGCAGUGGCUCACGGAACCUUAUCCACGGCCAUAGACUGUGACAUUGUCAAAACAGCUAUGGGAGCUGCAGAAAGAGCAAUAUCCUCCAUGACGAAUAAAGCUUCUGUUAAUCCUAAUAUAAAUGAGGACAACAAGGAGAAGAAAGACGGUGAAGGGGAAACGAAUCAAAGUACUACCUUUGAAACUGAUCUCGCUGUACUUUUAAAUGCAUGGUAUUCUGCAGGCUUUUACACGGGGAAGUAUCUUAUGGAGCAGAAUAUUGCAAGGAAACGGCAGUGAUAAGCAUUCUUCUGGAAUGUGGAACAGAGCUGUUACAAGUUUGGCUCAUAUAAAAACGAAGAAUCUGGUGUGUUGCAAGUUUUAUACUGUAUUUUGACAUGGCUUACAGUGACAAAGUCACCCAAUCACCGCUUGCUUUGUAUCUCAUUUCAGCUCUCGCUGUAUAAUUGCUUAAAAUCUAAAUAUAUCAAGUUUUUAUUUGUUGA